AUGACCACACCAUCUUCUCAACCCCUACUGCAGCCGCCAGUACCCACACACCUUUUGACAAAAGUGAUGGGCCGCCCGAUACCGGACAAAACUCUCCACGAAAUGGAUGACGUAACUCCGAUCGCCACGGGAGUUCCACCAGUUUUGUCCGCCUUUGUGUUCCUAGUGACGCUGUUGCCCAGCUCCGAUUCCGAGGACACUAAAGUUGUUAAGAAACACUGUACCGGAAAUGACGAGGACACAUCAAGCUAUGAUAAAGUGGUACAUCAAGACGAUUACUCUGCUGAUUAUGAUACCGGAGAGUGUGAUGAGUUUUUGCUCCUCUCACCUGAAAAAUUGAAGCUACUGCAUAAAGAUUUGGAUCAUCCGGAAGGGUUCCGUCCGAGGCCUACGCCCUUCAAGUGCCCUCGACGCAUCGACGAGAAAAAUAGGUAA